AAAAAAAAAAAAAAAAAAAAAGGGAGUUUUCUAGCUCUAAUCAAACAGGACCCACAAAGCUCAACAACACUUUUUGCUCUUUCCUCUUUUCUACAAAGAAAAAAGCUUCAAUCUUUCUAUCAGAAAAUCCCUAAUUCUGCAGAAAAAAACAGCAUCAUUUCAUGUUUCUCUCUCUAGAAUUUAUUCCUUUCCUCUCUCUAGAUUAGAAAUAUCCAUUGAUUUCUUGUCUGUUAUUGUUGAUUUUUUUUCUUAAAUUGGGAAAACUCUUUUUCACUGCUGUGGGAUAAUUUUCUCAGGUCGGUGAGCUUUUUGACUGAAUUGGAGGAGACUUGCUUGUUCCCAAGGAGGAUAUUUAACAAAUAUUUUGGCUUUUGGGUCUGCUAAAAAGCUGAGGGAUUUCAAUUUUAGGGUAAAUUUUCUGGGUUUUAUUUCCUCUUUGAAGAUUUUGAUUUAUUUUUGUUCAUUUUCAGUUUGAAUUCGGGCUGGUAGUUCUCAAUUGAUUGCAAUUUCUGGCGAUUUGGGAUUCUGGGUAUUUGAAAUUUUCAGGUUUUGUGUUUAAUUUUUGUGUAAUUGGGUUUCAGUUUACUACUAGAUUUGAGGGUUUUGAUUGAGGGUUUGUUUGUUUGAUGAGUGAAUGGUGUAAUUGGGGUUUGAUUGAGGGGUUGUUUGCUUGGUAAUUCAAUGGGGUGAUUGGGUUUUUUCGAUUAAGGGGUUGUUUGUAUGGUGAUUUAAUGGGAUAAUUUGGGGUUUUUUUAGGGUUUGAUUGCAAAUUUUGUGGAUAAUUGGGUUUUGAGCAAGGUAGUGAGUUGAUUUAGAGGAAUUUAUAGAGAAGUGGGGAAAGAAGAUGAAGAGAGGGAAAGAUGAUGAUAAAAUGAUGGGACCUAUGUUUCCAAGAUUACAUGUCAAUGAUACAGGGAAAGGAGGUCCAAGAGCACCACCUAGGAAUAAGAUGGCUCUCUAUGAGCAGCUUACAAUACCAUCCCAACCGCGGUUCAAUUCCGGUGCUCAUCACAAUAGCAACAACACUAUGGCUCCUUCUACCUCAACGAUGCAGGGUACUGGCCAUGAACAAAGUAUGUACUUCCCUCUUUAUUGGCCACCCUUAGCCUCAUCUUAUGACGAGGUUCAAGUUAGUCGUCCUGAAGUGGUGGAUGCAAGAAAUCGACCGGUACAAGGGGAGAAUCGGAAGCAGCAAUUGGAAGAGGAUGAUUUUAUGGUCCCCAUAUUUUCUCAACCUGGAAUUAAGCUUUAUAAUGGCAAAACUCAGAAUAAUAUGCACGAGGGAAGACGCAAACAUCCAGGUUCAGGUCAUUCAACAGCGCUUCCAAGUCCCGGUGAAAAAGAAACUGACCACAGAAAUAGUGGAGACUUCAUCUCUAAGCAGCAAAUAAAAAAUCUAGAUGGAAGAAGUUCAAGAGUAUAUGAUGCCCCUACUAGACACUCAUCUGAUAUAUUGAUGAGGGAAAAGGAUGACUGGAGGAAAGAUGCUUGUGCACAGAGUGGAUAUCCAGAUAGGUACAGAGCUAUCAAUUUAGAGAAAACAGAUGCCAAUUUACGACAGGACCAUGAGGACGAUGUAUCAGCUAUAGAUGCUACAAACCUUGUAGGUGUUUCAGAACAGCCAUUGGAGUACCCUAGCAAAGAAAUUUCCUUGAGGCCGAGUCAUGCUGCUCGUGUAGGAUGUCAUUAUGGGGGUGAUAACGAGAUUGGCAGUGGAAUGCAAAGGGUAGAAGAAUAUAGGACAUUCGAGAAAGGAAGUUUAGAUAAAGGGGAUGAUGUCUCUGAAACCUCCAUGGAGGAUACAUCUGAAUUGGACAUAACUCCUGACGACGUUGUUCGCAUAAUUGGCCGUAAACAUUUUUGGAAAGCUAGAACCGCUAUUUCCACUCAACAAAGAUUGUUUGCUGUUCAAAUAUUCGAGUUGCACAGAUUGAUAAAGGUACAAAAACUUAUUGCAGAAUCCCCAGAUUUGCUGCUAGAAGGCACUACUUUUGUGGGUAAAUCUUCUUUGAAGGAUUCUGCUGUUAAGAAAUAUUCUUCAGAGUUUGCAGUAAAAGCUCUUGCUCGUAAGAGCUCGUCAAAAGAUGAUUCCCACAAGGCAACUGAUAAGAUGGAAGGUACAGCUGAGAAUGCAGUUACUAAGUCACCUUCGGUCCCAACUCAAAAUGCUAUCCAGCCUGCGGCUUAUCAGCCUUCCUCUGUCAACACAGGCUCAUCAUUUCCACCAGCUAAUAUGGAUCCGAAAAUGAAUCCCUGGAGCUUCCAUCAACCAGGCCCUCAUCAAUGGUUGGUGCCUGUGAUGUCCCCUUCAGAAGGUCUCGUAUACAAGCCAUAUCCUGCACCUGGAUUUACAGGCCCAGUUUGUGGGCCUGAAGGCCUUACACCUGUGAUGAAUCCGGCUUAUGGAAUGCCAACUCCACCUUAUCUACAAGGGAUGGGAAUGCCACCAGGCAUGCAUUUUGGCGGGCAGGGUUACUUUCCUCCAUAUGGCAUGCCCAUGAUGAGCCCAAGUGUAUCAGGCUCAACUGUAGAGCAACUGAACCAGUUCUCAGGUCCAAACCUAUAUAGUCAAACAGGUCAGCCUGUAGGGACCAGUGCUAAUUUUGGCAGCAUGCAACAUCAGGGUUCGUUCAAUAUGCCUAGUCAAAAGAAUGGAACCAUUGCGCCUUCUGCAAGACCCCGCCCCCCCAAGGAACGUGAGCUGCAAGGAAGCACGGCUAGCAGCCCUAGUGAAAGAACACAGGAAACAGGGACAGUUCCGCUCAUGGAAGGAAGAGACGCACUUCCUCUUUUUCCUGCGGCUCCAGCCACCCAGAUUUCUGAGGGCUCUCCAUCUGAAAAGCAAACUAGAGUAAUCAGAGUUGUUCCACAAAAAUCUACAAGGGAAUCAGCUGCACGUAUUUUCCAGUCUAUACAGGAUGAAAGACGGCACUACGAGUACAACUAAACUCACUUUGACUGGGGUUCAUGAAUACGAUGAUUCUCGGUGAUUUGAUCCUCAUAAUUUUGCAGCUUUAACUGUUCUUAUUUUGUAACAUAUUUCGUAUCUUGUAGAAUUCUUGUGUCUGAUCUGGUUAUAGGGUUACUGAUGUGUAGAUAUUGUAUUUCCUCGAGUUUACAACUAAUCUAUGUAAGAGGCUAGAAUGUCCCUGGAAUUUCUGUUUCUGUUUUGGAUUUUAUCAAAGAGAUAUUCACAAUGAUCUAUGUAUAUGAUAUGAACACAAUUUAUCUGUAACAGUCCUAAGCAGCUAAGCUUGAUAUCUCUUGAAGAUUUGAGCCUAGUAUAGCCUAGUUAUUACA